GAAACUGGAUACAUGGUUUAUGGCAGGUCACUAAUGCAUGAAAAAGUAGAGUCUAGGCAAAGAUUUGCUUGUAACUUUCUGAAUUCUGGAAUUUUUUUCUUCUUCUUAACUUUCAGUAAAGGUCACUGUAGGCUGAAGUGUCCUUUUAAAGGCCACAACAUUUGGCAAACAGCGCUUUUUUUUUUUGUUGUUAGACUCAAUGAUUUCUUCCAUAAGCCAAAGGACCGCCUAUAAUUUCACUAAGAAUGUCUUCUGAUUCAGAUACCAGGGAUUUACAAGACUCUCUAAAGCAAGGCCUUACACCUCUUGGUGCUGGGCUUCCGGACAGACACGGACCCUCCAUCCCUCCCCGCGGCCGCCUUGUCAUGCUGCCCAAAGUGGAGACGGAAGCGCUGGGACUCGCUCGAUCGCAUGGGGAACAGGGGCAGAUGCCGGAAAACAUGCAAGUGUCUCAGUUUAAAAUGGUGAAUUACUCCUAUGAUGAAGAUCUUGAAGAGCUGUGUCCAGUGUGUGGAGAUAAAGUGUCUGGGUACCAUUAUGGGCUUCUCACCUGUGAAAGUUGCAAGGGAUUUUUUAAGCGGACAGUACAAAAUAAUAAAAGGUACACAUGUAUAGAAAACCAGAACUGCCAGAUUGACAAGACCCAGAGAAAGCGUUGCCCAUAUUGUCGAUUUCAAAAAUGUCUAAGUGUUGGAAUGAAGCUAGAAGCGGUAAGAGCUGACCGAAUGCGUGGAGGAAGGAAUAAGUUUGGGCCAAUGUAUAAGAGAGACAGGGCCCUGAAGCAGCAGAAAAAAGCCCUCAUCCGAGCCAAUGGACUUAAGCUAGAAGCCAUGUCUCAGGUGAUCCAGGCAAUGCCCUCUGAUCUGAGCAUCUCCUCUGCCAUCCAGAACAUCCACUCUGCCUCCAAAGGCCUACCUCUGAACCAUGCUGCCUUGCCGCCUACAGACUAUGACAGAAGUCCCUUUGUCACAUCCCCUAUUAGCAUGACAAUGCCACCUCAUGGCAGCCUGCAAGGUUACCAAACAUAUGGCCACUUUCCCAGCAGGGCCAUCAAGUCCGAGUACCCAGACCCCUACACCAGCUCUCCCGAGUCCCUCAUGGGCUAUUCCUACAUGGAUAGUUACCAGACAAGCUCCCCAGCAAGCAUCCCACAUCUGAUCCUGGAACUUUUGAAGUGUGAGCCAGAUGAGCCUCAAGUCCAGGGCAAAAUCAUGGCCUAUCUGCAGCAGGAACAGGCCAACCGGAGCAAGCACGAAAAGCUAAGCACAUUUGGGCUUAUGUGCAAAAUGGCUGACCAAACCCUCUUCUCCAUUGUUGAGUGGGCCAGGAGUAGUAUUUUCUUCAGAGAACUGAAGGUGGAUGACCAAAUGAAGCUACUGCAGAACUGCUGGAGUGAGCUCUUAAUCCUUGACCACAUUUACCGGCAAGUGGUCCACGGGAAGGAAGGAUCUAUCUUCUUGGUUACUGGGCAACAAGUGGACUAUUCCAUAAUAGCAUCGCAAGCCGGGGCCACCCUCAACAAUCUCCUGAGUCACGCACAGGAGUUAGUGGCAAAGCUUCGCUCGCUACAGUUUGAUCAACGAGAGUUUGUGUGUCUGAAAUUCUUGGUGCUGUUUAGUUUAGAUGUCAAAAACCUUGAGAACUUCCAGCUUGUUGAAGGUGUUCAGGAGCAGGUCAACGCGGCCCUUCUGGACUAUACUAUGUGCAACUACCCACAACAAACAGAGAAAUUUGGGCAGCUGCUUCUGCGACUGCCUGAAAUCCGCGCCAUCAGCAUGCAAGCUGAAGAAUACCUCUACUACAAACACCUGAACGGAGACGUGCCCUACAAUAACCUCCUCAUUGAAAUGUUGCAUGCAAAAAGAGCCUAGAGUUAUAAACUCCUAAGAAAGCUCAGCCCUGAUGACAAACAGAGAUUGGAAUGGGCCAGGGGUGGGGUGGGAUGGAGACAAGAAAAAGGGAAAACACAUACACACACACAAAAUACUCUGAACUCCUCCAAGCAACACUAAUGGAAAAACUUGGAUAAACGCUAUUGGGUUUGAAAAGGCUUAAUCAUCCAAUACUUAAUAGCCAAUAAAUGACGUAUCAGGGUAUUUGUAUUACAAACUGUGAAUCAGAUGCUUCACACCCCCAAAGGAUUCCAUACAUAAGACCUUGUCACGGAGGAAUUGAACUCACAGAGGGAUGACACUACUUUGUCAAAAUGGGAAAGAAAGGAAAAAAAAAAGACAGAUUAAUGCUUGUAUAUUUAAACUGAUCUCCACUAUGAAGAAAUUUAGGAAUGGAUCUGUGUUAUUAUUUAGGCUUCUCCAGCGAGGGAUUUGAGUUCACAGAAUUCCUCCAUUGUAGAGCUGAACUGGAAACCGUUCUCAAGAAUGCAUCAGC